AUGAACAGACAGUUCUGUUUCCUCAAGUUGUUAAUCGAGCGCCGAGGCCAGGAGCAGAAGAGUACCAUGGUGAUCAGCUUCAGUUGCCCGGCAAGUAGUAGAAAACUGACAUGGUUUUUGGCCUUACUGUUCAUAAUGGCUCGAGUCUAUGGCCAGUCUACUUCUGGGUUCAUAAGCAUCGAUUGUGGAAACAGUAACACCUACAACGACAUCACAACAGGAAUACAGUACCAGUCAGACGUUGGAUUUGUCGAGGGCGGUUUGAGCUACAACAUUUCAGCGGAGGCUCCUGUGGCGAAUGAGCAACAAAAAACCCUGAGGAGCUUCCCUGAAGGAUCACGAAAUUGCUAUGCGCUGCCAUCCAGCAUUGGUAAGAAGUAUCUGUUGAGGGCCACAUUUACUUACCGCAACUAUGAUGGGUUGAACAGGACUAUGGACGGGUCACCGUUUCUGUUUGGGCUACAUAUCGGCGUCAAUUUCUGGGAGACGGUGAACUUGACGAAUUGGAAUGAUCCGCUAAUGAAGGAGGUGCUCACCGUUGCUCCGGGCGACUCCGUGUCGGUCUGUCUGAUAAACUUCGGUACAGGGACUCCAUUCGUGUCUUCGUUGGAGCUGAGGCCACUGCAAGAUGCGAUGUACCCUUUUGUGAAUUCUUCGGUGUCAAUCAGCUACUUUAAACGGUUCAGAUUUGGUAACAUCACUGACCAUAUCACAAGUCAAUUACAUGAAAGAAGUCAAGAAGCACUACAAUUUGGCACGAAUAAAGAGAGUAUUCCUGGAAAGGUUUGA